AUGGAUAUAAGACGUCUGCUGCACAACCCGGAUGACGGUGGUUGGUACAUUAUCGGUGUGACCAAGAGCGAGGCCGAGAUGAACGACUUUCGCCGCUCGCUCAGGCGCAACGCUAUCAUCAACACGCACCUCGUGAACUGCACCAUGAACCACGAAGAUCUCGGUGUGGACGCUGUGAACACUGAGCACAAGAUGAAGGUCCAGUGGACAAAAUGCACCUCUGCGUUGUGUCACCCCAAGAGCAACGGUCCGAGCGAGAGCUUGCUGGAUGAGCAGGGCAAGCCUCGUGCGUGCCCCGUGCAAGUCCGCAUGUCCACAUGUCAGCUUACGUUCUCAGGUAUUGUUUGUCAGGCGUAUCAGCACUUGAGUGAAGAGCACGACUCUGCCGAGCCUCUGCAGACGUCAGUGACCGAGGACAUGAAACAGCACAUCGUGCGCAUGCUGCGAGAAAACGCUGACGUAAAACCCAUGGUCAUCUACAAGGAUCUCACAGCACUACACGAGCAGGGUAUGUUCGGUACGGACCUCAUGCCAACCAAGAUCCAGCUGCGCAAUGCACUAACAUAUUUAAGAAGCCGCAAGCUCAAGCUGUCAAGUAAUAGCGGGGGGAGGAUGUUCAGUCGAUGA